CUGAAAACCCCAAAGCUGUUGGCUCGCGCGCGCUCCGUCUUAAUUCCGCUCUCGCGCAGCAGAGUGCCGACUGCUGAGAGCUCCGCACCACUUUCCCAUCUCUCCCCUCCGCACUGCGAUUCAGUGAGGUGACGGCUCUCUCUCCUGGCGGACACUAACUAAGCCCAACACCUGAAACAGAGCGUUCGUCGCGGGGCCCACGGAAAGGUGUGUUUGCAGGUGCCUCGAGCAGACGCCAAAUGCUCGAGACCCGCGGCCGCUGCCCCCAGACCCGACGGGGAGGGAGACAAAGCUGAGCAGUGAUGGGACAGUUUUCGGGAGGAUGCUACUUGAGUUUUGGCGUCCUCGUGGUUCUCGUUUCGCAAGUCCCGGCCACGUUAGCGAGAGGUCCCCGAGGUGAAGCCCUGCAGCAUGGCCAGUCUGGGACACUGCCCCACUUCCUGGAAGAGCCUGUUGAUGCUUACAUCGUCAAGAGCAAUCCCAUCAAGCUCCGGUGUCAAGCUCGGCCUGCUCUUCAGAUCUUCUUCAAGUGCAACGGCGAAUGGGUCCACCAGAGCCAGCACAUGUCUCAGGAGCACACCGACCUGGGGACAGGGCUGAAGAUCCGCGAGGUCAUGAUCAACGUGUCACGUCAGCAGGUAGAGGACUUUCAUGGCCCAGAGGAUUACUGGUGUCUGUGUGUCGCCUGGAGCCACCUGGGAACCUCCAAGAGCCGCAAGGCAACUGUCCGCAUCGCCUACCUGAGGAAGAACUUUGAGCAGGACCCCCAAGGCACCGAGGUGCCUCUGAAUGGCAUGAUUGUGCUGCACUGUCGGCCCCCAGAGGGAGUGCCUGUGGCUGAGGUGGAAUGGCUAAAAAAUGAAGAGCCUCUCAGCUCUGAAGGUGCCAUCGAUACGAGAGGCGACCAUAAUCUCAUCAUCUCCGAAGCCCGUCUGUCUGAUUCCGGAAACUAUACCUGCAUUGCCAGCAACAUUGUGGCCAAGAGACGCAGUGCCACGGCCACCGUUGUAGUCUACGUGAAUGGAGGCUGGUCAUCGUGGACCGACUGGUCUCCCUGUAAUGUGCGCUGCGGUCGCGGUGUGCAGAAACGUUCUCGCACCUGCACAAAUCCAGCUCCUCUCAAUGGGGGAGCUUUCUGUGAGGGCAUGUCAGUGCAGAAGAGCACCUGCAGCACACUGUGUCCCGUGGACGGCAGCUGGGGCGAGUGGAGCGAGUGGUCGGUGUGUAGUUCGGACUGCGAGAGGCAGCGCAGCAGAGAGUGUACGGCUCCGGAGCCCAAACAUGGAGGACGGCUGUGUGACGGGGUGGCGCUGGCCACGGACAACUGCACCGGCGGCCUGUGCACACAAAAUCGAAAGUUGCUGCAUGAUGUUAAGCCACAGGGUGUGGAGACCAGCAGUGAUGUGGCCUUGUACUCGGGCCUUGCUGCGGGGGUGGUGACAGUGGUGCUUCUCAUUGUGGCUGUCACUCUUUACCGAAGGAGCCAGAGUGAGUACGGUGUUGAUGUCAUCGACUCCUCUGCCCUCACAGGGGGCUUCCAGUCCUUCAGCUUCAAAACCUCUCGUCAAGCAAACCCCCUGCUUAUUAAUUCAUCCAUGCAACCUGAUAUGACAGUGUCGCGUACCUACACCAGCCCCAUGUGUUUCCAGGACUCCAUUGACAAGGAGCUGAUGGCAGAACGCUCGCUGCUUGACCCAUUGCCUGAUCUCAAGGUCAAAGGGGUGGCAGAGAGGGCAGAGUACCAUGUCAUGUCCCACCCUCAGACAUUUCCAAGGGGCCUGGCUCCAGACUACAGAGCAGUGGGGACGACACUUGGCAGAAGAGGCAAAAACCUCUUCACUCCACAAGCCUCUUUGACUCCCAGCAGACCUCUCCACAAAGCAACUGCGGUGUUUGGUCAUGCUGGAGGGAGGCUGGUGGUGCCGAACACAGGCAUCAGUCUGUUGGUGCCUCAUGGGGGGAUCGCAGAAGACACUACCUGGGAGAUGUACAUGAUCAUCAGCCAGGAGGACAGCAGUACUGUGUCUGAGGAGGGGCCAGAGAUCUUUUUGAGCCCUGCAGUCAUGUAUGGCCCACCAGGCCUUGACCUGUCCUGUCCCGUGGCCAUGACCAUAGCGCACUGCGCCGAGGUCGCUGCCGACGAUUGGACCAUUCGGCUAAAGAGACAAACCCAAGACAACAAGUGGGAGGAAGUGAUGUCAGUGGACGAGGAGAGCACUGUCUGCUAUUGUCUGCUGGAGGCCCACAGGUGCCAUGUGCUGUUGGAGCAUCCAGGUCGCUACGCCCUGGUAGGGGAGCCCCUGAACCAGGAGGCAGCCAAGCGACUGAGGCUGGCUGUAUUUGGUAGUCCGGACACCAGCAACUCUCUGGGCUUCACCCUCAGGGUCUACUGUGUGGACGACACACCCCAUGCAUUUCAGGAGGUUGCAGUGGGCGAGCGCAGCAGGGGCGGGCGGCUGCUGGAGGAGCCUAAAAUGAUGCUGUUCCGGGGGAACACUUUCAGCCUCCAGGUGUCCAUCCAGGACGUCCCACAAUUACUCUGGAGCAUCAAGCCUUUCACCACCUGCCAGGAGUUCUCCUUUUCUCAGGUGUGGGCCAGUAACCAGCGUCCCCUGCAGUGUGCCUUCUCUUUGGAGCGAUACAGCCACUCCUCAUCUCAGCUCUCCUGCAAGAUCAGCGUCCGACAGGUCAAAGGCGAGGAACAGAUACUGCAGGUCUAUACGUCUGUGGUGGAGAAUGAAAAGGGAGUAGUCCCCUUCUUCACUCAGUCAGACUGUACCAUCACCUCUCAGACAGGGUCAAGGGCCUUUAAAAUACCCCUGUCCAUUCGUCAACGAAUCAGCGCCACCUUUGACACUGCUAAUGCCAAGGGGAAGGACUGGCAGCUCUUGGCUCAAAAGCUCCACAUUGACAGGAAUCUGUGUUACUUUGCAUGUCAGGAGAGCCCAUCGUCUGUGAUUCUGAGUCUGUGGGAAGUCCAGCACCAGGACUCGGGGGACCUGGACUCUCUGGCCAGUGCCCUGGAGGAAAUCAGCAAAGUCCAAUGUCCCAGGACCACCACCACCCUUGGCUGCAGCAGAGAAGAGCGGGACUCAGAGUUCACUAAACUUGGGUAGGUCAGGUCAGGUGCAGCAGAUCAACUAACGAUGAACCCUUACUGCAUGAACACUGAGGAUCUGGUGUACUAGCUGACAUACGGUAAAGAGGAGGACAUGUGAAAACGACAGCAGGGAAACUUUGUUUUGGACUGUUACCGAAGGCACACCUCUGCUACACCAAAUAGCACACACAGACAGAUGGGAACAAAGGAACAACCACGAGAGAGGAUGAAAUGAGUGGGGAAACAAACAUGGAAGAACUUAAGUGUCUGUGUUAUUGAGAGGCAACAAAAAACAUUUUCGAAAGGGAUAUAAAUAUCCCACACACACACACACACACAUCUUUGAUUGAGAAAUGUCAUAUUCUGACACCUGUGCAUUCGAUGACCUGUUUUCAAGGAUUAUGAAUAGAUGUGUGAAGAGGACUCUCUGCAUAGGAUGGAGUGUGUUUUAGACGGACUGCCAAUCAGGCUGGUGUUGUGACCUUCCCAGGACCGGAUGUGCUGGCACUUGCCCUCAAACAGUCCUCCAGGCUGUCAAAAUGUUUGGUGUAAUGUCAUUAUGUUGUCAUUCAUUUUUGAAAUUUCCUAAGGCUUCUUUUUCUUUACUGCACUGUGUCUCUCUAAUGUUCCAGAGGAGAAAACAGAAAGUAAGAAAUAUAGGACAUUAAUUUUGUCAGAACUUCUUGUCCAUACUUUGUGCUGACUGACAUUUAAAAAGAGCCGAUGGUGUCCAUGUGCUUAAAAAAAUGAAAGAAUGUAUGAGAGAUGAGUUUAGAAAAGCUUUUACAGUGUUAAAUUGGCAUGGAUCAUAUGGAGUUUUAGAAACAUCCACAUGUAGGACAUUUUCAACCCCACAAGCCGAACACAUUGUCAAAGCAAAUGCUCCGGGACAGAAGAUGCACCGAUGUGAAAUGCAAUGCACCACGUUCCCUAAAGUCUACUGGUCAGCCUCUGGCUCUUUUGGAGGAAAGUGACUUCAUACCAGACAGGCAGCUGAAACAUUACAUAGGCUGCAAAUUCUGGGUAAAUGGUGCGUACUUUCAAGACCCUCUGGGAGUUUUUUUUUUUUUUUUUGAUUUUUGAUUUUUGCAUUUAAAUUUUGACCUUUGAUGUGUGGCUUGACUGGAGCUGCCUUUUUUGGAUCAUCUGGCUCAUCAAAUACCGGGACAGCUGUUUUAUUUGGAGACAUUCAGCCAACUCUCACUCCCACUCCCUUGUCUUUUCUUCCCAGGCAGAUGCAGCAUCCACUUGAACAAAGAAAUCCUGAUCAGAAAGAUCCAUCAUUCGGUUGCUCCACUUGCCCCUAAACUUAAUAAAGUGACUUUGUGUUG